GAAGUCGGUCAAUACCGGGAAGAACAAAAAGCGGGUUUUCAACGGUUGGAGGAACAAAGGGAAGCCGACAACCGAAGAUAUGAAGAAGAUUAUCGACGGAUGUAUGGGCCUACUUACUCCUACAUGGCCCAUCAUGGCGGUUAUGCAUCCAUGGCUACACCUCCUCCACCACCCUCUUGGUAUGACCCCUCUCAUUGGGGUACAUUUGGAGCAUCCGGCUCCGGUGGUGGGGGCUUUGACGACGGUACGGGUGGUGAAACUACGAUGGGCGAGGGAGGCAUGGAGGGAGGCAUGGGUGGAGGAUUCGGCGGCAGCUAUUACGGCGGAGAAGGAGGGCACUAGGGACCGUGCCUUGAACAAGAAGGGGGGGAAGGACUUCUCAUUGGACAUCAUUUUGAUCUCUUGAAGAUACAAAGAGGGGGAGGAAAAAGCAAGAAGCAUAGAAGGUCAUGAAACCCAAUAGAACACUUUUUCUUUGAGCUAGAUACUCAAUGUAAAAUUCAUGUUUAUCCUUGGUGGCCUUUUGCUUUCACUUAUUGAUUAUGAACUUUUUGGAGGACUUGAAACUUUUGAACAUUUGACUUUACUCGAG